CAGCUCUCAACCAGGCGAGGAUUGGUUGAACCGGCCGGGAGCUCAGCCUUGCCUUGGGAAGUCCAGCCUCGGCGGCCAGGCAGUAACCCUUGUGCGGCCGCAGCCACUGCCGCCUCCUCCUCCUCCUCCUCUGAUUGUGCCCGAUCUGGUGCUGCAGCGCCCAGGUUUGCUCUGGCGCCGGUGCUUCCCCUCCGCCGGGCGCGCGGGUGCUCCGGGCUCCGCUCUCUGCUGGCGAUCCACCCUGCAACAGCCCGAUCCUGUCUUUGAAAAGAUGGUGAAUGAGGAAGAGGAGAAUACUCCCAAGCAGGUUGGCCAUAAGCCAGCAGAGCCACAUGGGAUACUGUCUGAAAGUUGCCAGAGUCAUGUGUCUCCAGACGUUGAAUCGGAAGGAGGUGAAACCACCGAGAUGGCACCGAGAAGCUUGAAGCGCGACCUGGAGAGCAACUCUCUUGCCAUCAAUGGCGAUGUUUCUGACACCGAGAGGAUUUGUCCGUCACAGACACAGUAUAUUUGCCCUGUUUGCGGGGAAUGUUUUAAUGGGAGUUCCUGCCUUGUGGAGCAUCAGAGGCUUCACAAAGAGGAGAAGCCGCACCCCUGCCCUGUCUGUGGAAAAGGUUACAACCAGGAAGCUGACUUGGUGGCUCAUAUGCAGAGUCACACUGAUGAGAAGCCAUUUUCUUGUCUUGAGUGCGGGAGGAGCUUCCUUUUCAGCUCAGACCUGGUGGCCCAUCAAAAGGUCCAUACUGGGGAGAAACCUUACAUCUGUCUGGAGUGUGGGAAAGGCUUCUCCCAGAGUUCCCAACUGAUGUCCCACCGGAGAGUCCAUACCGGGGAGAAACCCUAUGAGUGCAUUAUCUGCGAGAAGAGCUUCCGGUCCAACUACGACCUGGUCAACCAUCAGAGGAGUCACACCGGAGAGAAACCUUACAUAUGCUCUGAUUGUGGGAAAAGCUUUACUCGCAGCUCCCACCUCAUUUCCCAUCAGAGAGUUCACACUGGUGAAAGACCCUACCCUUGUGGGAUCUGCGGGAAGCGUUUCCGGGACUGCUCCCAUCUCAUUCGGCACCAGAGGGUCCACACGGGUGAGAAACCAUACGAGUGCUCCAUUUGUGGGAAGAGCUUCCGGGUCAAUUAUGACUUAGUCACCCAUCAGAGGAACCACACUGGAGAAAAACCUUACGAGUGUCCUGAUUGUGGGAAAGGCUUUAAGCGGAGUUCGCACCUGAUCUGCCACCAGAGAGUCCACACGGGAGAAAGGCCGUAUCCCUGCGGCAUCUGCGGGAAAAGCUUCAGCUACAGCUCAGACCUUAUUAAGCACCAGAGAAUCCACACAGGGGAGAAGCCUUAUGAAUGUCACAUCUGUGGGAAGAGCUUUCGGAUCAAUGCUGACUUGGUCACUCACCAGAGGAUUCACACUGGAGAGAAACCUUAUACCUGCUCUGAUUGUGGGAAAUGUUUUGCCCGGAGCUCGCGUCUUGUAUCCCAUCAGAGAGUCCAUGUGAAGGACGGGACCCUGGGAAUGUCUCUUUCUGAAACUGAGUCAUCUCAGCCAGGAGCAGCUACCGUGUCCCCAGCUUCUGAGCAUCCUUGGGCCAAGGAGGAAAAACUGGGCCCAAGUGAGCCUCUGGCUUUGACCAGCCUGGGAACUUCUACUCAGUUUGUCCUUGGUGAUGCUCCUCAGGCUGCCCACAUGAGUGAAAUAAAGAUGGAGUGCAGGAGCUGAGAGGCAAGCAGACUAGAGGGGAAACACUUACUUUCCAAUAACUAGUAUAGAGAAUCCGGAGUCUCUACAUUUUAAUUAGCCUUCAUGGAAAGUUUGCUUGAUCAAUUAAAUCAAUACUGUCCAUGAUCUUUCCCCCCCCGCCCCCCAUGUGCAUCUUGAAGGAUGAAUGAGUUGAUCCAAGGAAGAACGAAGUGUCUGCACCCGGAGCAUGGUCUCGCCAGCCAUAUUUAAGUUAAAAGCCAUUUUGACAUGGGCUGGCUUUGCUUCCCCAAAGAAAUUCUUGGAAAUAUACUUUGUUGGGAAUUCUUGAUUAAAAAUAUAUAGCGUAGAGGUGGAAGGGGAACUAUAUAAAAAUGGAUGUAAUGUUGGAACCCCUUCAAAAACAUAUUUAUUGGUGUAAGUUAAAAUAAGCAAAAAUGGCACUGCUAUGUAUGGGUUGCCUUGAAAUGACAAAUGGAGCAAGAAAAAUAUAAUCGAAAUUAGUGUUUAUUGUAGGAAAGUGUUUUCUUUAAAAUAACGCAAAGUAAUCAUCUUUUAUCCAUCAUGCUUGUUUCUAUAAAAAAAAAAUCCAUACAACCUGGGGUUUAUUUGCUCUGUUCCUCGCUGGAAAGCCAUGUCUUUUUAAGAAUAUAAUGAAUAUAAAUACACUCGCAGAUAUUUUUUUUUUGUUUUAAACAUUGUCUUCUAAUUGACAGAAACAGUGUUUUGUUGUUUAUUGUCUUCUAACAAUUUCUCUUCUACAUUUGUGUGCAAAUGUUUUAAUAAAAAUGCUAUCACUAUAAUAAAAAUACUUUAGUUGGGUAGAAUAAAGCUUUAAGUCAUUAAUAACAUUAUUUAAUUUAAUUUAUAAGCCAUGAUCUUUUUGUACAGGUUGACUACUCACACAAAAAGAGGGAUGCCCAUAGUAUAUAAGGACAGUUUUGCUUAUUUCUCCCUCUGAUUUCUCAUGACGUUCUCCCUCAGUUUUUCAACUAGGCCGGGGUAGGUAACCUUGGCUCUUUUAUGACUCGUGGA